AUGGUUAAAAUAUUGAAAGGAAAUGUUGCAAUUAUUGAUCUCGGAUCAAUAACCAAAUUAUCAUCCUCUUCCGAUUCGUGUAUAUCCUCUUCUUCCAUGCCAUCUCCUCAACAAUUUCAUGAUCAAUAUAUUAAAUAUAGAAAACCAGUGAUAUUUAAAAAUUAUUUAAAAUAUGCCACCAAUGAUGAUUGGAAAAAAGUAAAAGAAGAAUGGCAAUUAGGAAUUUGUGAACAAUUAAAUGACCAAGAUGAAAUAUGUUUAGAAAUGAAAAAGAGAGAAUUUGAAAUGACCGAGUAUUGGAAACAAAGAUUUGGACAUUUAGAUGUUUUUAUUAGUGAAUUGAGAGAAAAUGGAUUAUCACAUCCACCAAAUUAUGAAAAAAAAAUGAAUUUUGCAAAUGCUAUUGAUCAUUUACGAAUUCAAGAGCAAACAAAACAAGCAGUGGAUUCCAAGUGGUUAUACGUUCAACAAGUUCCAACAAGUGAUUUAAUUGGAAUUACUAAGGAUUUUUCAAUACCAAAUCUUUUUGAGGCAUCACCUUAUUCUAUUUUAGGAGCAAAUACAUUCUUUCUAGGAACAACGAAUACAAGAACAACUCUUCAUUAUGAUAGACCUCUUGUUGAUAACUUGUUUUUACAAAUAUAUGGAGAGAAAAUAUGGAAACUCUAUGAACCACAACAAGGUGUGAAUUUUUAUCCCUUUGGCUUUGAUACCAAGUAUUCACAUGUUUCACAAAUUCCAGAGAUUGACAAGGUCGAUACUGAAAAGUUUCCUCUUUUCGAAAAAGCUCAGUUGUUAUGUGAAUUCAUACUUCAACCUGGAGAUCUAGUUUAUUUACCAAAAGGACAUUGGCACCAUGUACAACAUGCAUCCAUGAGCGUUUCAUUGAAUUUUUGGUAUUAUUAA